ACCGGAAGAGAGGCCAUUCUAGCGGAGGCGCGCGGGGUGAGGCAGAGCGAUAGGAGCGACGGGGACCUGCGAGGACUCGAGGGAUCCUCUCAGCACUAGCCGGUUGCGCCAAGGCCGCCAUGGAGCGCAGAAUGUCUGGGAUAUUUCGGGGUCUCACCCCGCGGGACGACGGCAGGUUCCACCUGCCCGGGGCCCGCCAGGACUUCCAGGAAAUUCCGUUUCUUCCUGGGCAUCCUCAGCUGAGCGAGAGGGUUCGGAAACGUCUUUACUACAGCUGGGAAGGAGACUGCGCCAUGGAAAAUCUCUCUAGCCCAGUGGCUGAUAUUGCAGUGGAACUGCUGCAAAAAGCGGCCCCCAGUCCCAUCCGUCGUUUGCAGAAAAAAUAUGCAGCACAUGUGUCCAGGGAGGCUUGUAUCUCUCCAUGUUCUAUGAUGCUGGCCUUGGUUUACAUCGAAAGACUUCGGAACAGGAACCCUGAGUACCUUCAGCAAAUUUCAUCAUCUGAUCUGUUCCUCGUAUCCAUGAUGGUAGCCAGCAAGUACCUGUAUGAUGAGGGUGAAGAAGAGGAGGUAUUUAAUGAUGAGUGGGGGGCAGCUGGAAGACUCGAUGUCCAAACAGUCAACACGUUGGAGAUGAACUUCCUCCGAGCCAUUGACUGGAGUUUAUACACUCACCCCAGGGAAUUCUUCCAGGUGCUGCGAUGGUUGGAAGGACGGGUGGCAGAACAGCAGGGUAUGAAGAGGGGUUGGUUUACGUACACAGACCUGUGUGUGCUGCUGGAGCAAAGCCUGUGGCAGAAGGUGUUCGGUGACUUCUGUCAGCAAGUUACCAAGCUUGCUUGCAUUCUGGGCCUUGUGUAUUUGACGGGAGUUGCCACCUUGUUUGCUUCGGUUGCUGUAUUGCACAAGGCGACGUGGGGGAUCAACAGCACGGAACUGCUUCCUUCAGCUACAGAGCAGAGCCCAGAUGGAGGAAUCUUUAUACCGCUCACUUUACCAGCAUCUGUUUCCCCAGAAGACAGCCUCGGAUCUGCCACGCCGGUUCCUCCGUGUUCUCUGGAAGAGCAGUCCUUGGAGAGACGGUCAGGGGUUACGGCAACGGCUUUCUACCUCUGGGGCUCGGUGUUAACAGCACUUGCCUACAGUGAUACAGGGGGCUUUGGCGGUGAGGAAUCCCAACCUCCGGACCAGCAUUGUCCUUACUGCUCCAAAGCCAAAAUAUCCACAUGGCCCCAGACCAGCAAACACAACAGCACUUGGUACAGCUCCAAACAGUAUAACCGUGCCUUCCGUGGACUAGCCCACUACAGCUUUCCUGAUACUCUCCUUUGCUCAAGCUGCCCAAACUCCUGCUCGGUGAUAGCCGAUGAUCCCAUCCUCUUGCCAAGUCCUGUGCCCAAGACAGACUUAUCUGGCCCUCUGGAACUAAGGCAGUCGUCCUGCGCAACCACUGAUAUUGCUAGGUUAAAAACGUUCAUUGUCCCAGGAUAGUCGCUUCAAAAGUUACACGGGCUCCUCCAGGCAGAACAGACAAAAAUGUAACCCUAUUGUUUUAGAGAUGGGGCAGGUUAAAGCCUUCAGGACUUGAUGUUAUGUCAAUAACAUAGUAUUGUUUAUGCACUUUUUUAACAAUCUAGUUCUUCUUUUAAUGCACAAGUUACUAUUUUUGCCAUUUAACAGAAAAUUGCAUAUACAAACAGGAAUGGAUUAUUGGCCACCACUGAACAAGUAGGUUUGUGAAAUGCUUGUUCUAACAAUGAAUACUUUUUUAAAUAAGAAACAAGUUGUUCCUAAGAAGUCAGGAACAUUUAUCUAGUUAAGAUUGCGAUUUAAAAGGUUGUGUUCGGUAACCAUUGCCUUUGCACAUAACGAAUGCCACUUAGUUUUCCAUGCACUCUAUCUUGGAUUUAGCCAUCAUAUGCACUCUAGCAAAUUGAUAUGUUUUCCUUUUUCUUUGGCUAUUCAUCUUUAAAUUGUAUUAUGUACUCACGCAGUACUUAGCAUUGAAAUGCUAUUUUUAAUAUUUGCUCUAAACAGUCACUCUCCGCCGGAUUAUAUUUUUGCCUAUUUGUCCUGGAUUUCUACAGUUCUUUAAAUAAACAAAAAUGCACAGUAAAGUGCU